AGAACAGAAUAAAGUUAUUGUUCAAGUCAGAGAGCAGAGAGGCAACAUUUGAAACAGUCUCAAUCUGGAAUACUGAGGCAAAUUUUAGAAAUCAAGAUGAAGACGCUGGUGCUGCUCUUCGUGAGCGUUACAGUGGCUCUGGGGAUGCCAACAGUUUCAAAAGAUCCAGUUCUAAAAGAGGGAAACCAGCCACCAGUGGCCGGGGACCGGGUGCCCGUCCAGGGUCAUGUGGUGGUGGAGCAUCCUGCACCGCAGGUUUUACCUGACCCCAAAGAGCAGCAGGAGAAAACGGCUCCAGCAGAACAGAAAGAGAAAGAGGCUCAACCUGAGACCAAACCAGAUGAGGUUCAGGUGGAGGAAGAGUUGGAACCAGAACAAGAACCAGCACCAGAGGGAGAGGCAGGGCCUGUAGAGGGUCUCGACUUUCAGGCGGAGUCUGAAGUUGAAGUUGAAGGACAACCUCGAUAUGAACUGGAGGAAGAAGAAGAAGAAAUAGACCCUGGUUUUAAGGUGAAAUCAGCUCCUAGGGUAGACACUGGAGUUCACAUGGAGCUAGAACCAGAAGAGACACCCGAGUUAAACGAAUCUCCAGAGACAUUUCAGGCACAAGCGGAGCUCGAUAGAGGAAUAGGUCCAGAGAUGGAAGUUGAAGAGAGGCAUAUAGACAUGGUGGGGAAACCCCUGGCUGUGAUGGAGUUAGAACCGCUGGACGGUGCCGACAUGCCUGCAGAGGAAGUGAGCGAGAUGUCAGAAGAAGAAAUGGCUUACAGAGAGGCUUUUCAAGAACAAGAUCCUGCUGCUGCUGAACUCUUUCCAGAGGAGGAGGAGGUAGAAGAGGAGGACAAGGUAGACGGAGAGGAAGAUUUGAAGCAGAAAUAUGAAAAUAAUGUUCCAGAUGAGCAAGAAACCUUGGAGCUGGAGCCGGAGUUAACAGGAGAGAAAAAUCCAGAAGACACACCAGAUGCUGCGGUUCUGGUUGAGGAACCACUGGACCCAGCGCCGCAGCAGGCGAUGCCUCUGUCAGAAAACUAUUUCCCAGAGGAAGAGGCAGGAAUGGAGAUGUAUGCAAGGGAUGGAGCACCAGAGCAAUUCUCAGAGGAGCAAGGAAUGGAAGAUGAAGGUCUUCCAAUGAUGAUGGAAGAUGAUACACAAAGGCAAGGGGAGCGCUAUUGUCCUGGUAUGAUUGUUGAUGGGAAGUGUUACCAGUUCUUCAAAGAACCACUCAAUUACGAAGACGCAGAGUUCUUUUGCCAAGAACAAUUUUCAGGAGGCCACUUAGGCUCCAUCGCGACCCAACACGUCCACCAAGAGCUGAUGAGUCUUAUACAGCAGAGCGGAGGAUACACACGUACCUGGGUUGGAGGACGACGACUAGAUAAACGCUUCGUCUGGUUGGACGGAUCCCGCUGGAGCUAUGAAGACUGGCUCCCAGGCGAGCCAAAUCACACAUCCGGAGUGGAGAACUGCGUGGAAAUUCUGGGAAAUGGAAAGUUUAAUGACUUCACAUGUUGGGAACCUCAGGCUUUCGUCUGCUCCUUCCCUGCUUAGUAAAUUCAGAGGAAGAACAACAAGCUACUUUUUUUUACCUGAAUGUAUGCUUAAUUCAGAGUCUUAUCCAUUGCUUUGUGUUUGUAUUUAUUAAUUAGGAACAAACUUUUUGGACUAAAUAAUUAGGCUAAAAAGAAAAAUAGAUAAGUCAAUAUUUCAGUCAAAACCGUGUGGUUUUUGGCUUCUGUCAAUCAGGAUUAGUUUUGUACAUUUAUAAACGAUGUCGGGUUUGUUUUUAGAAAAUGGGUGAAGCUCACUUGUAAUAUUUUCAUGUCACAUGCUCCAAUCAUAAUAUGGAGCAUGUGACAUGAAAAUGUCACAUGCUCAAAUCAGAUUUGAUUUAAUGGAAUCAGCUGGUUGGGGUGAAAUUCAAACCUCAUACUUGAGUUAUUUCUCGAUGUAUUUGAUUUUAAAAAAGAAACCUUUUGAUAAAGAAAAACUUCUUAACAGUUAUUAUAUUGUUGUGAAUACCAGCAUGAGGUAGCAUGUAAUUACACUGUUAUUGCAUGUUUAUAAGUACACGUUUAUAUGUUCAAGCUUUAAAUACGCUUCAAAAAAACUCUAAUAUUUGCUGUCAGAAUAACAUGAGAUACAAUAAUAAAGUAUUAACAAGGUUUUUUUCUCAACUUGUAUAAAUUAAAGCAUAAUUUCAUAUUUA